AUGUAUGACUACAACAUACUGCUGGGAUACUUGAACGGUAAGGACGUGUCACUAUCAGAAGUGAGAGAAAGACAAAGCAACAUGCAUGUCAAAAGCACCUCUUCUCGACCUUUCAAGACGGCCUUGUACAAGUCGCUGGCUUCUUCAUAUGCCGCACUACUGCAUACGAUUCAUCUCGAGUUUGUCAAAGUGCAGACUGCGCAUCUCUCAGGAGCUUCCUGCUAUCAGAGACAGCAUUCGCAAAGUAAGAACCUACCAAACAGGAUUGAUGAACUGCCAGCCAUAGCGAAAGACCUCGAGGGAAGUCAUGGCAGACUCCCUGGAAUUGCCGAUAAGAUCACAACAGUCCAUGAUGAGUUGCCCGCCAUCUCUGGUAAAGUAGCGGCUAUUCAUGAUGAACUGCUCCCGCGGAUGCAAGAUGAUAUGCAGCGCCUCCUGCUAAGUCAGCCAAUCUCAACAACGGGAUCCAAAGCGAAUGCUCUACGGGCUCUUCUACUAAUACCUUUCGCUAGAAAUUCAACAUUCAUUGGGCGGGACUUUCAAAUCGAGGAUCUUGGUGCCAGACUUGAGAGGCAGGUUGGACACACUCGUGUUGCUCUAGCUGGUUUGGGUGGAAUAGGGAAGUCCCAGGUCGCCUUGGAGUAUGCUUACCGCCGUCUUGAAAGGGAGCCUCAACUCUCAGUAUUUUGGAUGAAUGCCAGCAGUGCUUCGCGCUUCGAAUAA